CUCACAUGUCACGUCUGUUGGCGUUCCCGGCCCGGCCUUCCCCGCCCCUUCCCCACCGAACUGCCAGGCCAUUUGCACACUCAUUCCACUGCGCAAUUCCCCUCUUUGAGGGAGCAGUAUUAAUCUGAGCCGCAAAGCUGAACACAUCUCACACUGGUGCUGGGUGCCUCCGUGGAUCGCCGAGCUCAGGGCCGCGCACCGCAGGACAUACUUGUGGACGGAGCACUGUCAGCGGGCACACAGAGAUGAACGCCAUCAGGAAUCUUAUCGGCAAGAAAUGGUCAUCUGAUGUCCGGCUGGAUGGGAAGACGGCAAUUGUGACCGGGGCCAACACUGGUAUAGGGAAGGAGACCGCAAGGGACCUGGCCAAGAGGGGAGCCCGCGUGAUCCUGGCCUGCAGGGACGUGAGGAAAGCGAAGGAGGCGGCGAGGGAGAUCGCCGAGGACUCUGGCUCCGCUGGUGUGGUCCCCUGCAAACUGGACCUUGCCGACACCAAGUCCAUCUGCGAGUUUGCGGAACACAUCUUUAACACUGAGAAGGCAGUGCACUUUCUCAUCAAUAAUGCUGGAGUCGCUAUUUGCCCAUAUUCUACUACAGCUGAUGGGUAUGAAACCCAGUUUGGAGUGAACCACCUAGGGCACUUCUUCCUCACCUUCCUGCUAAUGGACAUGCUGAAGCAAUCGGCGCCCUCCAGGGUGAUCAACCUCUCGUCCUUCGUGCACUCCAUGGGCCGGAUCGACUUUGAGGACCUGAACAGCGAGAGGAGCUACCACCCAGUGAAGGCCUAUGUGCAGAGCAAGCUGGCCAACGUCCUCUUCACCCGAGAGCUGGCCAGGAGGCUGGAGGGAACGGGGGUGAGCGUAUAUGCCGUGGAUCCGGGUGCAGUUCACACCGAAAUGAUCAGGCACAUGAAGAGCUCCUUGCAGAUCCUGGUGAAUGCGUUCAGCUUCCUGAUCAAAACCCCUGUGGAGGGGGCCUUUACGACCCUGUACUGCACCCUCACCCCAGAUCUGGAGUCCGGCGGUUACUACAGCGAAUGCGCCCCGGCGAAGUGCUCCAGGGCCGCCAGCGACGACCUCGCUGCCCGCAGGCUCUGGGCCGUCAGUUGUCACCUGCUGGGGAUCCGCUGGAGAUGAGGCCGUGACUCCGGUGGCUGAGAAAGCCCAGGAGCCGUGUCAUCCUCCGCCCGCCGUCUGCGCUCUUUCAUGAAAUCAAACAUGCUUUAAUGAUUCCAGACGUAGCUCAUGCGGUUCCUGCAAAA